UCGUCUGCAGCUUCGCGUACUAUGUCUUCCCGGGCUAUCUUUUCCAGAUGCUCACCUCCCUCUCCUGGAUCUGCUGGGUCUUCCCCCACUCCGUGCUUGCACAUCAGCUCGGCUCAGGCCUCCACGGGCUCGGCAUUGGCGCGAUCGGCCUCGACUGGGCGUCCAUCUCCUCCUACCUUGGGAGCCCUCUCGUCAGCCCCUGGUUCGCUACCGUGAAUGUCGCCGCAGGCUUCUUCAUCAUCAUGUACGUAAUCACCCCUAUCGGGUACUGGUUUAACUUCUACAAGGCACGGACCUUCUCUAUCUUCUCUGCCGAUCUCUUCACCUCGACCGGGCAGAAGUACAACAUCUCAGCCAUCGUGGACGACCAUUUCCAUUUCGACACGGAGGCCUACGAGAGAAAUGGGCCACUAUAUCUCAGCACUCUAUUGGCAAUCACAUACGGUGUCAGCUUCGCAUCGCUUACUGCGACGAUCGUUCAUGUUCUCUUGUUCCACGGAAG